GCGCGCCCUCGAUAAUCUUGAGUCGUCAGCCGAAAACAGACAAUGAAGGGGUAUCUCAGGCCAUUCUUGUUGAGUCUCGCGGUCGCGGGCAUCGGUUAUGCUGGGGUCGUUAAGCGAGAGCUCGAUUUCGACCUCGUCCGAUUCAGGGAUCUGGUCGACGUCACCGCAGACUCCUUGCACAACAUUCACCUGGACUUCCUCGACCCUGACUUUGAAGGCCAUCUGCGUGUCGUCUAUGGAGACUGCACUCUUCGAGACCCCUACCAGAGCCACCACGAGGUCACCAGCGUGCGGGUGCAACGGGAUGCCCGACCCGCGCGACUGGUCUGGAUCACUCCGUCCGACGCUCCUCAUCUGCAAUGUUUGCAUGCGUUCUCCGGGACGUCUCUUGUCGGCCGCUCCUCACCGGUCUCAAUAGCCAAGCGGCGUGUAGACAAACGGGAGAGCAUCGCAGAUGUGGCAGAUAUGGAAGGCCCAUGGUUUGAUGGGGUCGCAUACAUGAAGUCCAAGUCCGAGGAGGCAGCCUUGGUCGCGAAGGCGAAGAACACCUCGGUGGCUAUCCUGGGUGGUGGCAUGUCUGGCUUGAUGACAAGCUUGCUGCUCGAGUCGGUCGGCAUCCAUGACUGGCACAUCUAUGAAUCGUCGGGAAGAAUCGGCGGGCGCAUUCGCACCAAAUACCUCAACAACACUCGUCCUGAUCAGUAUCAGUACCAAGAAAUGGGCCCGAUGCGCUUCCCCGUGAGCAUCACGUACUCCGACACGAACGAGACGCUCGAGAUCAUGGACCACCGCAUGGUGUUUCAGCUGGCCGGCGUGUUGAAUCAGCUGAACGUCGAUAAGCCCGAGCUUCAGGUCAAUUUCAUCCCUUGGUAUCAGAGCACGCCCAACGUACCCGCUGAUUCGGGGGGUGUUCGUCUUCCUGACGGCCGCAUCCCCACGGCUGCCGACGUCGCGGCCAACUCCUCCUUGGUCUACACGGCGGCCUCGUCCAACGCCACGGCGGUUGCGGACGCUGAGGCUGCCUACGACAAUUACACAACGAUCACCUCGCGUGAGACCGUGGGUCAGAUUGCCGCCAACAUGUACAAGAUGCAUCGAUGGGCGGUGGACAACAACAUGUUCCAUUGGUCUGAGGCCGGGUACCUGCAAUAUGCGCUGGGCUACAACGCCAACAUCACCGACUAUGUCGCUGGCACGACCGAUACUCCGAUCUGGGGCGACUUGUAUGAUGAUGUAUACUUUGCUGCCACUGAAUGGCGCACGAUCGACAAGGGUCUUGAAUCCCUGCCCCGUGCCUUCUAUCCCCACGUUUCCGACCGCCUGACUCUGAACCGCACGAUCAGCGGACUCACUUAUAACGAGACCUCCGGGAAGAUUGGCGUCUCCUGGCGGGACGACUUGUUUGCGAUGACUCCCACGACCGAGGAAUAUGAUUACGCAGUCGUCGCGGCGCCGUUCAGCAAAGUGCGUCUUUGGGAGUUACCGCGGUACUCGUCGUUGCUCAGCCGCGCCAUCUCGACGCUGAACUACGAUCCGGCGUGCAAGAUGGCGUUGCUGUAUCAGACGCGCUUCUGGGAGCAUCUGGACGCGCCGAUCUUCGGUGGCUGUGGCUCGGUCGACGUGGCCGGGGUGGGCAGCGUCUGCUACCCGUCGUACAACUUGAACGGCACCGGACCCGGGGUGAUUCUGGCUUCGUAUAUCUCCGGCACCGAGGCGCGCUCGACGGUGGCGCUCAGCGAGGAGGAGCACGUCGCGCUGGUCCAGCGCACGAUGGUGGAAGUGCAUGGGGCGGUUGCGGCGGAGCAGUUCACCGGCAUCUAUGAUCGCCAGUGUUGGGAGGUCGAUCAGCACCAGGCUGGUGCGUGGGCGGAUCCGUUAGUCGGGCAGCAGGAGCUGUAUCUCCCUGCUUACUACCAGACGGAGUUCAAGACGAUUUUCAUUGGGGAGCACACCAGCUAUACCCAUGCGUGGAUCUUUUCGGCGUUGGACUCGGCUGUGCGUGGUACGACGCAGUUGCUGUUGGAUUUGGGGCUGGUGGACGAGGCUAAGGCCAUUGUGCAUGAGUGGAUGGGGCGGUGGAUCAAGUUGUAG